AUGCAAGUCCAAUCUUUAUUGACUGUUUCGGCUUUGGCAGCUAUCGUUUCUGCCGCUUUUGAAAAUGUCACUGUUACCACCGAAGUCACCGUUACUGGUUAUACUACUUAUUGUCCCGAACCAACGACAAUCACCUUGACUGUUUGUGACGCUAAAGAGUGCACAGCAAGCGAACUUGUAGUAGACGAACCAAAAACAAUCACAGUCACUGAGGAGUGUAUUGUACCAGUUUCAUACACUACCGAAGAGUACACUGUUACUGAAACCGUGACUUGCCAAAAAUGUGCUGAAGCUACUCAAGAAGCUGCAGAGGCUUCAAAAGCUCCAGAGGCUCCAAAGGCUCCAGAAGAACCUGCUAGUGUUGCUCCAGCUGCAGAAGAACCUGCUAGUGCUGCUCCAGCUGCAGAAGAACCUGCUAUUGUUGCUCCAGCUGCAGAAGAACCUGCUAGUGUUGCUCCAAUUGAACAAGCUCUGUCAAACUCCACUGUCAAUGGUGAAGUCACCCCAUUCGAAAGUUCAGGUGUCAAGAAUGCUAUUGGUUUAGCCGGUGCAUUGUUUGCAAUUGCUGUUGCCUUGUUAUAA